AUGAAAGCUUUCAUCGUUGUCUGCGCUAUUGUGGCCUGCGCUUCAGCCGGUAAUGAGAAGCGGGAGAAACGAGGUUUCCUCGGCGGUCUUCACUCUAUUGACAGUCUUUCCUACGGAGGCUCGUACGGUGGUAUUUAUGGCAAUGACUAUGGUUAUGGUGGCUACUCGGGUUACUCUGCACCCGCUAUAAGCUACGCUGCACCCGCCAUCAACUACGCACCUGCGACCAGUUACGCUGCACCUGUGAUCAGUCACGCAGCACCUGCAAUCGGUUACGCUGCACCUGCGAUCAGCUACGCUGCUCCUGCAAUUAAUUACGCAGCACCUGCAAUCAGCUACGCCGCACCUGCUGCCAAAGUUGUGACAGUCAACAAAGUGGUCAACUCGCAGCGUGUCGUUGACGUCCCACAAGUGGUGAAGGUGCGCAAAGUGGUGUCCGAGCCUCAAAUAGUGUCCGUCAACAAGGUAGUAGCCGCUCCCUCCCCCCUCAGCUACAACGCCUAUAACAGCGGACUCCUUGGAUUCGGAUACGGAUCUAAUGACAUCGCAGGUUACAGUUACGGUUCCGAUUAUGGAUACGACUCCGGUUUCUCUAGCGGUUGGUGA